UGUGCACGCAUCUUAAAUAAACCAGGGCGGUGUGAGAUGACUGUGUAUUGAUUUUCAAUAUUACACUCAGUCUGUAGCCCAGUUGCCCGGUUAUUCACAUUUUAAAGGUACAUUGCCAUAUUCAGAGCCGUAGACCAUUUUCCAAGUGAACAGGUAUUUUCUGAAAAACGUCUUAAUGUUUGUUUUGAAAGUUCUGUUGAUGUUAUGUUUUAUUUACGUAUCACUAAUUGUUUUACACAAGAGUUACAAAAAAUCACAAGAGUUACAAGAAAAGGUAAAGGUAAUUGUAUUGAAGAAACCGGAAUACUGCACGGUGAGGUCACAAAACGGCGAUCUAAUGUAUUUGGCAUUUACGGCAUUCUUAGAAGAUGGGACAGAGUUUGAUAGUUCCUUACGACGGCGCGAACCGAUAGUCAUUACUCUUGGUAGACCCUUAGCUAUUGAAGGUUGGAACCACGGACUCCAAGGUAUGUGUGUUGGGGAAAAGAGAAAACUUAUUAUUCCUCCACAUUUGGCGCUCGGCGAGGAAGGCAGUCCUCCCGAUAUUCCCCCACACGCUACCCUCAUCUUCCAUUUCACAUUGGUAAAGAUUUAUGACGUCGAGGAAGAUGAAUACGUCGAAGGUGAUGAUAGUGAAGGUAAAGAAUUGUGAUUAGUGUUUGACAGUGACUUCACGGCUAAGAUCCGGAGGUCCAGACAGUACAUGGCUUAGAUUAUUAAUCUAAAGCCCAGUUUUUCACAGCAUAUUUUAAUCUAAGUACCUAUCUACAAAGUAUUACCUAUUAGGUAUUAAUGUCAAGCCCUAUGCGGUACUUCGGUAAGUCCCCAUAUUGUACUUCGAGCUCCCAAUUUUGUACUUAAAAGACUGGAAAUCCUUGUACCUAUAUUGUGUUCUGAAAACCUAAUAUUGUAUUUUAUACUUACUUACUUUUUAAUUAGGUACCUACCUACCUACUCUAAGUAUUGAUAAUAUAUUAAUGUAAGGCGGUAAAUGCCCCUGGAGUCCGAAA